ACAGCUCAUUCUUCGACUUACUCUUGUACUGGAAACAUCUUCCUGUAACAACAGCAGCAACAUGGAUGUGAGGCACCUAGCUCUCCUCCUUACCCUACUGCUGGGGAUUAUCUGCUCCUCUGAAGAGAAACCGGUCAGCUUGACUUACCGAUGUCCCUGUAGAUACUUUGAAAGUAAUGUGGCCAAGAGCAACAUCAAACACCUGAAGAUUCUCUCCACCACCAACUGCUCUCUGCAGAUUGUGGCUCGUCUUAAGCACAAUGGCAAACAGAUUUGCUUGGACCCUAAGAUUAAGUGGAUCCAGGAGUACCUGGAGAAAGCUUUGAACAAGAAGGUGAAAACUUAAACUCCAUCUCAUGUGCUGGUGCAGAAGACAUUUUGAGAAUCUUAUUAUCCUGCACUGAUUCCUUGCAAAUCUACCACAGGCUUCCAACUGCACACAGUACUCCAGUUCUUAUUGUGCUUCUACUAUAUAUAUGGAGAUGGACACUUGAUCCUUGUCAUUCCAGCACUGUUAGCAGAAUGGACAGCUGCACUGAUUUUAAACUUUGUUAAGUUAAUUUGUCAGUUUUCUCCUUUUUUUUUAUAAUGGAACUUAAGCCUUAUACAUGGUUGGUUAGAGAUGGCUUAAAACAUGGUGGGGAUUAAGCUAUUAACAUUAAAAAGCAAUAAAUGACCUUCAUUUGCCAUAUUCCCUAAAGUCCAGUUAAGUAGGAAAACUAUUUUUUUUUUUCUAUUCCAAUAAAAUGGAAAUUAACCUUAUUUCAAACAUAAUGCCAAUUUAACAUACAUCAUAGGUCAGAAAAUCCAGAGGGGGGAAAAUAAUAUCUAAAAAGGUUUAAUGACUUAUUGCGUAUUCAUUCAACAGAAAGAGCUUUACAAGAGAAAAUGAUCUAUUGUUCAAACUAAGUUUUGUUGUUUGUUUGUUUUUUGUUUGUUUAAUUGUUUUCCACAUUACUACCUAUUUAAAAAAAAAAUGAAAAAAAAAUUUGUGAAAUUCUGUUUUCAUUCUGGCCAUUAUUUCUAAUAAGUUGACACUUCCUGGUCUGUAGAGAUGACUUUUUAGUAUCCUCCUUAUCAUUAUAGGCAGGAUAACAACGGAAUGUGACACCGAUAUAUAAAUAACACAGGAUUCACCACUGAACAAUUUUCUAUGUACAGGUCUUAGAGCAUGCCUAGAAAAAUCCUAUUGAAGUCAAUGACCCUGAUUUACUAAAAGUGGAGUGUAGUUUUCUUUGUGGGUUUUAAUUCCCUACAAUUUUUUUCCACGGUAUUUACUAAGGUUUUCCUACAUUUUACACUUUUCCCUACAUUUUGCUUUUUUUUACACAUGCUCUGGUCUGUAGGGUUUUCCUCAGCGGAAAUCCACCACAUUUGCUGUGGAAACCAUAGUAAAUAUGUUGUUUUUUUGUGAAAAUGUCAGUGACACGCCCCUUUUUCUGUGACCAUGCCCCUUUUUGCCGACAGUCACACCCCUUUUUCGGUUUUCCCAGUAAAAUGGAGAGUUGGUCGUUUUUUUUUUCAUUUCUGGCGCAAUGAGACAGAAUCUGUCGCAAUGAGACAUGUCGGGUUUACAAUAAUAAAUCAGGGCCAUUAAGUCAGCUUCAGACUAUAGGUUCAUCUUAUGGUGUUAAAAGAAACUUAGGUAAGAUAGCUAGCUACCCUGAUAAUCAUCUACAUGAAAUAGAUUAAAAAAAAUCUACAACCAGAUAAUAAAAAUAGAUAACUAAAAGAGUAUAUACAUCUGGUUUCUAUUAGCACUAAAUGAGUAGGUGAUCAAUUCCCUUUGACUUCCAUCUAACACGAGAAAUAUGUUUCCACUGAGAUAUUGUAUAUGGCAUUGGCCAGGCUUCACAGAUUCACUAUUCAUAGAUUUCCUAGUUUUAUGUAAAUAAACUUAAAUAUUGUUUAAUGAAAAGUUCUCUACCUUUUAUCAUGCUUUGUCUUAAUCUCUCACCACUUUCAAGAUCCAUGGUUGCUAUCAGUUAAUUGGGAACAUGUUUCUUUACACCAAAAGGCUAAAACCCCUAAAACAUUCUCAAGAUAAUUUGUUACAGUAAGGCGUUGUUCUUAACAGGAUAAUGGCUACAACUGUUUGUAUAUAUACCUAGGGUAUAUAUGAAAUGUAUCCACAGGCUCCACCCACCUAAAUGGUUCAUGAUUGUCCUUUUCAUCUCUAUCAGACUAGUAUAUGUGGGAAAACCUUGUCUGUGCUAUGGAGACUAUUGUUAGAACAUAGACUUUAGCUUUUCAGCCAGGUCCCACACAGUACAAGUUCACAUUAUAAGUAUAAUACAUUGUCCUAUGGAGAUUGCAAAUGCACAGAUGUACUAUUCAGAGUGCAAUGAAGUCUACCUUACAAUAGCCAGCCCCCCUUUAUUUCUAUUAAACAACAGCGAGAGAUGACAUUGCAGUGUCAUUUUGUGUUUUAAAUAAUUUGAUGGUGUUUAGGUAUUGUCCACCAAUAAAAAUAAAGAAAAAUAUUAUACAUGUGCUCUAAAAAUGAAGUGAACAGGGCCACAUCUCGCCUAAGCAAUGGUUUGUUUCCCGGGCUCUAGGCUGAUAAAUAUUACCCAUGUUGUAACAUCAUGCUGAAGAUAUGACAUUUUACUACUAAUAUGGCAUCACCAGGACAAUUUUUCCUUAAAAUAGUAGUUGUAGAAAACUGUAAGGAUUUUAUGUGUUUAUAAUAUUAGAGAAUAGUACAACUAUUCAAUUCACAAUGAAGAAUCUCUCCUGGGGUCAGACUUUUCAGAAACCUAUUAAAGCAGUGGUCUUAAUAGGACAAUGUGGGGAAAUUCUUAAAAAAAAUGGCAAGGACAAGUAAAGCUUUUCCAAAGUUUUCUAGAAAAAUUUGAAUGUAACUAAUUUAUCCCUGUUGGCAACGCUACUAUGAUUAUAAAUCUGUCUGGCCUGAGCAUUUCUAUAUACACAGACUUGGACUUCUUCAUUAUAAUGCCUAUAUUACCUUUUAGUUACAUAACUGGUUGUGUCAGCAUCAAAAUUAUACACUGUUUAAAAUGAGGCAUAAACCUGACAAACUUUUUAUUUGAUCGGUUUUCCAGCUUUUGGAUAAUGACUGACCCCAAUAUUUUCUUGUGUGACCUGUGGGUGUUAAGAACUAAGCUAAUACCUGCCAAGGCUGUUUUUGUGAACAGCGUUCAAUCAUUAGGUUCAGUAACUCUAGUCACUGCCCAAUAGUCCCAGUUCUAAGUUAAUACAUCAUUUAAUCAGAAUUAUUGCUUUAUUAAGCUGAACUUUGGCUUUAUGCAAUCAGCAGUAUAAAGAAUAAGAUACAGUUGCUAAAUAUGCAUUUUCAUAUGCAGUACUUUCGGAAUGGCAUUUAAAAUGGCAAUAGUAUUUUUUAAAGACUAAAGGUACCCAUAUACAUUAAACAGAACUUGGCCAAACCUACUAAUUCCAGCUGACCAUCUAGUGGGUUUCAGUGCCCCCUAAUUGUCCCCUAAUGGCAGAUUGUUGGGGAAAGGGAUCAGGCAUGAUGAAUUUUAACAUGGCUAGUUUUAGAUAAGUUUCUACCAGAAGAAUGUUGCCCCACCAGAAAAAUGCACACACUUGUCCAAGUUGUGUAUGUUUAUGGGGAAGUUGGAGAAAUAACUGUACAUUAAAUAAGUGUUUAGCCAUAACGUGUAUGACCAUCUUUACGUAGAAGCAUAUUCAGUAUUUCUCUGGCAAACACAUUUUGUAUAAUGAGAACUCACUGAAAGCAUUUUACUGCCAAUUUUUCCUCAGCAUUGCUUCUGGAGGGAGAUACAACUUGUAGGUGUUUUGGCUGGGUUUAGCAGAAAAGCCAUGAGUCUGAGCAGUAAUAAAGUCCUUUCUGCUAUUUUGUCUACAGUAGACUUCUCCUUAUCUGAUAGAUAAUAUACUGCUAAAAGUUUCAGCUCACUGCAUAUGAGAACAUAUCCACAAAGAUCGUGAAAGAAGGACUGUGCAACAUUUCUAUAAGUUUAAUUGUAGUGGCUAGAAAUAAUAGUGCAUCCUUCAAGCAACCAAAAACCUCCAUUUUCCAACAAAUUUACUGAGCAGACAUUUUCGAAAAAGUUACUGAGCAUACAUGUCAAAGCUUACUACAUUCACAAAUACGUGGAAAUGUUUUUAAACAAUCACCCCAGCUCCAUUAUAUGUUGAGCAUACAUAAGAUUUUCUUUGAGAGUAUCUCUCCUAGAAUUAUACUUUUCACUUUACAAUUUUGUGUGGUCAGCUUAAAAAUAUUUACUGUAACAUUUUUUUAGAUAAUAUUGUCAUAAACAGCUAUAUCUAAGAUAAAGUGGGACAGACAUUGCUCUGGAUUUCCUGUCAAUAACUUUAGCCAAUGUCAGAAUUCUAGUGAAGAACAUACAGGAAAGACUCAUUAUUUUUCCUUCUCUUGGAUGCACUAAAUACAGAUACAGUAGUCAAAUUCCUUGUAUUGCAAAAUUCCUUAGCUCCCACUUUUCAGUGCAUCAAGCUACAUAUAAAGCCCAGUGUACAUGGUCAAAGUGUGGCUGUAUGGAUCCUUAGUAUGCCAUCCUGAAAAGUCUAUUCAUAAAAACCUACUAAAUGUCCAAAUUCCACAAUUGUGUAAAAAAAAAAAGUAUAUAUAUGGUGCUAUAUAUAUGGUGCUAUAUUUAUAGAAAUACUAUACGGAAGAGCAUGGCAAAUAUUAAGCACAUGUAGGAGGCCUGAAUGCUGCUGUACAGGCCCCAUGCACAUGGCUCAUGUGCCUGAGGCCUAGUGCUAUGAUUGUGUGCUGCCACUAUAAAGAGAACAGAAUGAGGCCAUAUAGGACACAUAGAGAAAACUAUAGACAUAUACCCCCUUAAAAAGUACCUGUCACCAAACUAAACUUGUAAUAUAUUGUUCCCUGUUAUUAUAAGACACCUUGCAAUUUACUUGCUGUUAAAAUUAUCAACCUUGUUUUUAAUGUGAUUGGAAAAAUAGCCACUAGGUGGCUCUGUUCUGUUCCCUGUGCAAGUCAAACAGUUAGUUUGGUCUCCUCCCAGCCUGGCAGGAGACCAAACUCAGGAAGUACAUGCGGGGAAUGGCAAGGCACAGCUUUCGCAGGCUUCAGUGAUGUCACGCCUGUUGGGGAAUGCCCACUUUCCCCUGCCAGGAGCUCACACAAUGUGAGCAAGGAAAAAGGUAUAAUACAGAGCUUUUUAAAGCUCAGCAAUUUUUAAUCUGAGUUAGAUUAGAAAAUAUGGUUUGAUGACAUGUACUGUUUAAUAAACAGGUUGUGUUCCUUAUGUCCUAUUUUGAACUACUUUCUUUAUACAUCUGGCAUAUUUUCCUAACUAAGGGCCUUAUUAGGGAUGUGCAACCGAGUGAUAGCAGAAAAGGACAAUCUAGUGAUUGCUUGUACAACCCUCCCAGCUUAAGGCUUGUAAUAGGAUCUAUGAACGAGCUCUAAUCUACAGUAAGCAUCAGGCCAUCUAAAAAGCCCUUUACCCCUGCCAUCUCCUGGAAUCUUUUUUUCAAAUGAAGGAAAGCAAAAAGAAUAUGCUUAUGGAAUUUACCAUUUAUCAUUGUGCGUGUACACAUUUAUAUAGGAUAUUACAACUAUUGACACAACAGAAGUGAAACUAUCUACUGCUUGCUCUACCAAUAAACAAGGCCUAGGCCCUAGAAUAGAGUAACAUACUGUUUUUUGUUUGUUGAAGUGUUAUAAUGGUGCAGGUUGGUGCCGAGUAAUGUGUUAUGAAGUGCAGUUGAAUAUAUUGGUAUUCUACCAAUGUUAGUAUGUCAGGUUCUGAUGUUCUAAUUCACAGUGAAUCAUGAAUAUAAACUUUUGUUUUGCCAUUGUAUACAAUUUCUUCUAAAACCUUGGCUAUAAACCAUAAUCAUGGUAUUAUAAACAGGAAACUAUACUAAAAAGCACUGGAUUUAUGAAAAGAAUGCACUGCCAUACAAAAUCUGAAUUACGCUUAUUCUCUGUGUUAAACUGAAUAAAGAUCCACUGUAAUCUCAAUAAAUGUGAAAUGUUCCUAAUCAGAAAUGUAUCCUCAACAUGUGUUUGUACAUGGAGAGCAAAUCGGUCUGUCUUCUGCAUGUACGCAGAGUAACAAUGCAUACCUCAAGAUAAGUGGAUAUUGAUAUCUAUACAUAUGUAACACAUUAAAAUUGCCCUGACAUAUGAAAAAUACAGUAAUUUUGUAAUAAAAGUUUCUGAAAGCAUAAAACAUAUAUAAAGCAAGACAUUUUCAGCAAUAAAUAAUUGAAUUUAUAGGACAUGAAGGAUGACAUAGCCAAGUUCCUUAUAAAAUAAUUUCAAGAACAUUCAAGAUGCUUUUCAGCACUAAUAAAUUAAAGUGGACAUUGUAACAGACCUUGAAAAGACCUUGUCUUAUACUAUUAUACAUGCUUUAAAGGGGUACUCCAGUGGAAAACUUUUUUUUUUUAAAUCCACUGGUGCCAGAAAGUUAAACAGAUUUGUAAAUGACUUAUAUUAAAAAUCGUAAU